AUGUCCCAGCGUUCAGAUCACUCUCGAGCAACUCAUUCCCAAGACGAAGAUGACUAUCAGUCAGAAGAUACUGCUGCUGAUGUUUUUGAGGAGAAUGCUGAUUUAGCCGAAGAUGGAGAUGAUGAUACUUUAGCUGAAUUGUUUGGUGCUGAAGAAGAAGCAGUACAAGAUGAAGAAGAAGGAGAAAAUCUCUUUGGUGAAGAUAUGGAACGAGAUUAUCGUCCGCAGCCAGAACUGGACGUUUACUCACAGUCAGGCAUGGAUGAUGCAUCAGAAUACACGGAGCUGACAGAGGGAGCACGUCGUGCAGCUGAACGCGAGAUGGAUGAGCGGGAUAAUUUACUGGAUGAAGAUGCUCUACUCUACGAACAGGAUGAUGCAGAUGUUGGACGACGUAUGCGCCGUUAUUUUCGAAAAGAUCGAACUGAUGACAAUGAAAUGGAAGUCGAAGAGGACGAAGAAAUUCCUAUCGAUAUUUUAGAAAACUUUCGAGGAAGAUCGACACGUGAGCACGUUUCAGAUGAAGCGGUAGGACGAGAAAUAGUGAGGCGCUUUAAAAGCUUUGUUCGUGGAUAUAAAGAUGCGAAGACCAAAAAACUGAAGUAUUUGGAGGCGAUAAAACUAAUGGUGGCAGAAAAUCGUGAGUCGUUGGAAAUCGAUUAUGAAGAUUUGGCGAGUGAAAAUGGCGAGCAGAAUAUUUGUUACUUCUUGCCAGAAGCACCCAUACAAGUGCUAAAUUAUCUUGAUCGUGCGGCAACCGAGGUUACACUUUCGUUAUUUCCGUUCUUCCCUCGUAUUGCUCCAGAAGUCAAGAUACGCAUACGGGGGCUUCCUGUUGAAGAGGAUAUACGAAUGCUACGUCAGUUGCAUCUGAAUAUGCUGAUCAGAACAUCUGGUGUUGUGACGGUUACUACAGGGAUGCUACCGCGGUUAUCUAUCGUAAAAUUUGACUGCAGUGUGUGCGGUUACCUUCUUGGUCCAUUUGUCCAACAUCAAGAUGAAGAAGUGAAACCUACAAUGUGUCCGUCUUGUCAAAGUCGUGGACCAUUUGAACUGAACAUGGAAAAUACCAUCUAUCAUAAUUAUCAACGAAUAACUAUCCAAGAAAGUCCCAAUAAUGUCGCUGCUGGAAGAUUGCCUAGAAGCAAAGAUGUAGUGCUUACUGCUGAUUUGUGUGAUGCAUGCAAACCGGGUGAUGAAGUCGAAUUGACUGGCAUUUAUACGAACAAUUAUGAUGGAUCAAUGAAUAGCAAGCAGGGUUUUCCUGUUUUCAGCACUGUAAUAUAUGCAAAUUAUAUAUCGAAGAAAGAUAAAAUUGCUUCUGACAGUCUUACUGAUGAAGAUAUUCAGAUUAUUCGACAAUUGUCAAAGGAUCCGCAGAUAGCCGAAAGAAUAUUUGCAAGUAUUGCACCAUCAAUUUACGGUCAUGAUGAUAUCAAACGGGCCAUUGCGUUGGCACUGUUCAGGGGAGAACAGAAAAAUCCUGGUGAAAAACAUAGCAUCCGAGGUGACAUCAACGUUUUAUUAUGCGGUGAUCCUGGUACAGCAAAAUCUCAAUUUUUACGCUAUGCUGCGCAUGCUUCUCCACGAGCUGUUCUUACUACGGGCCAAGGGGCCUCGGCUGUCGGCCUUACGGCAUAUGUACAACGUCAUCCUAUAACACGAGAAUGGACACUUGAAGCAGGUGCAAUGGUACUUGCAGAUAGAGGAGUUUGUCUCAUUGAUGAAUUUGACAAAAUGAACGAUCAAGAUCGUACUUCGAUUCAUGAAGCAAUGGAACAACAAUCAAUAUCUAUAUCUAAAGCUGGCAUUGUCACGUCAUUACAUGCACGCUGUACCGUAAUUGCUGCUGCGAACCCAAUCGGUGGUCGCUAUGAUCCUUCACGUACUUUUGCUGAAAAUGUUGAUCUUACCGAACCGAUUCUUAGUAGAUUCGAUGUGCUAUGUGUGGUACGCGAUACGGUAGACCCAGUAGAGGAUGAACGGCUUGCUAAUUUUGUUGUGGACAGUCAUCGCAAACAUCAUCCAAAUGCAAAAGAAUUGCAAGAAGAGAGACUAAGAAAUUCGCAACAAACAUCUGUAAAUCGUUUUGGUUUCAUUGCUAUUAUUUCUUUAUUUUCUGAAAGCAUUCAGAUAGAGUUGAUACCACAAGCAAUGCUGAGGAAAUAUUUGAUGUACGCUCGGGAAAAUAUACAUCCGAAAUUAGAACAAUUACCGCAGGAUAAAAUUUCGAAAUUUUUCGCCGAAAUGAGGAAAGAAUCCUUGGCAACAGGGUCGGUUGCUGUAACGGUGCGCCAUGUGGAGUCAUUGAUUCGUCUAGCUGAAGCCCACGCUAAAAUGCAUCUUCGUUCCUAUGUAUGCAGUGAAGAUGUUGAUGUAGCCGUACGAGUAAUACUGGAAUCAUUUAUCAACACACAGAAGGCAUCUGUUAUGCGACAAAUGCGAAAGAAUUUCGAUAGGUAUAUCUUUAUCAAUCGUGACCAUAAUGAAUUGUUAUUAUAUCUCUUGAAGCAGUUAGUUAGAGAUCAGUUACACUAUGAACGAGCACGACAUAAGGAGACAACUCUAUCCACUAUUGGUAUUCCUGAAUCUGAUUUUAUUGAAAAAGCACAACAAGUUCGCAUUGAGAAUGUGAAAAAUUUUUAUAAGAGUCAACAUUUCCGCACAAAUAAUUUUGUGUAUGAUUCUAAGAGGAAAUUAAUUGUGCAUAAUUUAUAA